GUUGUUGGAAGGCGGUGCUCUGGGAAGCCGGACGACGCGGCAGCCGGUCUUCAAAGCCGAGCCGGGAGUUUUCGCUACCGUUGUCGCCGCCAUGAGUCGCAGCUAUAAUGAUGAGCUGCAGUUCUUGGAAAAGAUCAGUAAAAACUGCUGGAGGAUCAAGAAGGGCUUCGUGCCCAACAUGCAGGUUGAAGGCGUUUUCUACGUGAAUGAUGCUCUGGAGAAAUUGAUGUUUGAGGAAUUAAGGAAUGCCUGUCGAGGUGGUGGUGUUGGUGGCUUCUUGCCAGCCAUGAAACAGAUUGGCAACGUGGCAGCCCUGCCUGGAAUUGUUCAUAGGAUCAUUGAAGAAGAAAUGGCAAGGAGUUUAGGGGUUAGCACUGAGCGGGAGGAAGAGAGGACAGCAGACUUGGAGGAGGCCUUGGAGAUGGGGGUGGACUGGUCCUUAAGAGAAGGGUAUGCCUGGGCUGAAGACAAGGAGCACUGUGAGGAGUACGGAAGGAUGCUGCAAGCUGACCCCAAUAAGGUUUCUGCAAGAGCUAAGAAAAGAGGCCUUCCUCAGUUGGGGACCCUGGGAGCAGGCAACCAUUAUGCAGAAAUCCAGGUUGUGGAUGAGAUUUUCAAUGAGUACGCUGCUAAAAAAAUGGGCAUCGACCAUAAGGGACAGGUGUGUGUGAUGAUCCACAGUGGAAGCAGAGGCUUGGGCCACCAAGUAGCCACAGAUGCACUGGUAGCUAUGGAGAAGGCCAUGAAGAGAGACAAGAUUAUAGUCAAUGAUCGGCAGUUGGCUUGUGCUCGAAUCGCUUCGCCAGAAGGUCAGGACUACCUGAAGGGAAUGGCAGCAGCUGGGAACUAUGCCUGGGUCAACCGGUCUUCCAUGACCUUCUUAACCCGUCAGGCUUUUGCCAAGGUCUUCAACACAACCCCUGAUGACUUGGACCUGCACGUGAUCUAUGAUGUUUCUCACAACAUCGCCAAAGUGGAGCAGCAUGUAGUGGACGGGAAGGAGCGGACACUGUUAGUACACAGGAAGGGAUCCACGCGCGCUUUCCCUCCUCACCAUCCGCUCAUUGCUGUUGAUUACCAACUCACUGGACAACCAGUGCUCAUUGGUGGCACCAUGGGAACCUGUAGUUAUGUUCUUACUGGCACUGAACAGGGCAUGACUGAGACCUUUGGAACAACCUGUCAUGGAGCGGGCCGUGCAUUGUCCCGAGCAAAAUCUCGACGUAAUUUAGAUUUCCAGGAUGUUUUAGACAAAUUGGCAGAUAUGGGAAUUGCAAUCCGUGUUGCCUCACCCAAACUGGUUAUGGAAGAGGCUCCUGAGUCCUAUAAGAAUGUGACAGAUGUGGUGAAUACCUGCCAUGAUGCUGGAAUCAGCAAGAAAGCCAUUAAACUGAGACCAAUUGCUGUGAUCAAAGGAUAGAACCUUGGACAGCAGGGCUGCCAGACACCACCAGCCCUCUGAAGUGGAAGUGGACUGACGUGCUUUUCUGACAUCAGACUCAAGGCAGGACAGGUUCCAAAGUGCGCAGCUGUAACUGCUCGUGCCAAAAUGGCUGGUGCGGAGGCUGCUGCUUUCAGGGGCUCGUGCUUAUAAAAUAACCUUCCAGGAAGAGGCACAUUGGCCACCUUUGGAAAGGGAGGAACAUGCCUUCUCCUUGGUUGUUCCACAGAGUUUUAGGAAAAUCUGUUAGGCAUGGGUAGGUGUCAAACUGCCUUAGGCAGUCAUACAGAUCUUUAGCCAUCAGAUUGAACUUCUUUCCACCAAGUUCUGUUUACAUUCCGAGAGGUGUCAUGAAGAAAGUUCUAUUAAAUAAGGUUUUGGAAUGUUUC